UCCUUCAUAUUGCUUAAUGACUCCAACAUCACCCCGCCAAAGGGGGACAUGCGGUUGUGAACUCGACUGGUUUGAAGAGUGAAGGCGAUUUUUGCUGCGGGGGCUCAAAUGGCCAAGGUCAAGUUGCUGUUCGGCCUCGUGCUGAGGCUCCUCGCCAUCGGAGCGACCGUGUCGGCGGCUAUCGUGAUGGGGACGAGCCGCGAGAGAGCCAGCGUCUUUUCCAUAUCUUUCGAAGCCAAGUACAGCGACAUUCCAUCCUUCAAGUACUUUAUGAUUGCCAAUGCCAUCGUUAGCGUCUACAGCUUUCUGGUCAUCUUUCUUCCAGGAGAGAGCUUGCUUCGGAGACUAGUUGCUGGAUUGGAUUUGGUUGUCACCCUGCUACUAACCUCGAGCAUAUCUGCGGCAUUGGCGGUUGCUCAAGUGGGUAAGGAUGGAAAUGCUCGCGCAGGAUGGCUACCAAUUUGUGGCCAAGUCCCCAAGUACUGCGACCACGUAAGCGGCGCUCUAGGGGCCGGUUUCGCUGGGCUCGUUUUGUAUGUGAUGAUACUCCUCUGUUCCUUACAUGCUGUCCUGUAUCCUCUCCUAGCUUGAAGGAUUUUACCCAAGCGGACAGACUUAAGACUGUGUAUUUGAAGUUUGCAGAAUUUUUUGCUUGGCCUUCAAUUUCCCAACAUCCUUUCCUGGAAACCGAGAUCGCUCGACAUACAAGGAACCCUAUCAAGGAUCAACCAGUGUGUUACAUAUAUCUGCUUUAGUGUACUUAAUUCUGAUUUGAAUGAAUAUGCCUAUCAGUUUCAUUA